CCCAUCUCUUCUUCAGCCCGUCUCUUCAGCAGCCCGUCUCUUCUGCAGCCCAUCUCUUCAGCAGCCCGUCUCUUCAGCAGUCCAUCUCUUCUGCAGCCCAUCUCUUCAGUAGCCCGUCUCUUCAUCAGCCCGUCUCUUCAUCAGCCCGUCUCUUCAGCAGCCCGUCUCUUCAGCAGCCCAUCUCAACAAUCGUCAACUGUCAGCAGCAUGAAAAAAGAAAGCGAAGAGAAACGGAUGAUUAGGGAGAGAUAUAAGGAAAGGAAUAUAUGCUCUCUUAUAGAUAUGUAUUUAAUACCAGUAGUAAUAGCUGAAGAUGGUCAAGAUGUUGAUGACGAUGAGGAGGUUGAUAAUUAUGAGGAUGGUAAUGAUGAGAAUGAUGAGGACUGUAAUAUUAAGAGUGAUAAAGAGUCGGAUAACGAUGCUGAUGAUGACAGCGAGACUGACGAAGACAUUAAUGAUGAGGAGCGUAAUUGUGAUAUUCGAAAUGAUUAG